CUCUCUGUAAACUGAAUUUUACGCGUUACCCCCGGACCAGCCCGCUGGGAAUAAUAACGCUUAAGGCGGGAGAGUGAUAAUUGAAUUAACGUGCGUUUGGUUGUUUAAAAAAAAAACUUGUGCGAACGCCGCGGGUAAGGACAUUCUGGAUGAUGAACACAAAUGUUCCAUUCAGAUUGUCCACAUCGAGAUUGUGAUGAAGUCGCCCAGAACGGACCCGAUCUCAGGACCCAAGCCAAGCUGGUUAAGGGCCUGGACAGUGCUUGGAUGGGGCGUGCGUGGCGAUGUGGUGGGCAGAAGCAGCGAGCCGGGCCGGACACGCGUGGAGCGCGAUUUCGAAGCGAUUGGAGCGCGGUUUUGGACUUUGGAAGAGGGGCUCAAAAGAAGGAGGAGGAGGAGACGAAGGAGAGAGAACAACAACAACUGCGCUAUUGUGGAACAUUAAUAAACCAGCCUCUUGCCAUCGUCUCGCAGCAGCAGCUGCUGCUGCCCAGUCACUGAACUUUGAAAGCGCACCAACUUGGCCAACCGAAGUGGACAGCGGACCAACUUGGCGUUUACAGAACUUCGAAACGGAACAACAGGUCGCCUUGAACCGCGUUCAUUAUCAGAGCGAGCGAGCGAGUGAACGCACGGCACGCGCGCUGGAAUAUUCCGAAGGAGCUGCUCGCCGCUGAUCCGUGAUUUACUGGCGUUGUGUUGCACGAGUAAUGCCAUUUUCUGACAAGGCGUGCUCCGAGGGUUGACUUUCGUCUCCUGAUGCGAGGAGGAGGAGGAGGGGGAGACCGCCGCGGGUCGUGCCUGUGAUAUAAAGUUAGGAAGUGCCGUGCUUUCAUUCGUAUCUUUAGGGGACAUAAGCUACCCCCUUUUGAAGGUCGGGACUGCGGCGGGGUUCUACAAUAGUGUGAGGAGGGGGACGAGUGGAGGAGCCUCCUCUGUGCCUUGACUCUUCAGCCAGCCCCGGGGGGGGUGGGGCCCAGAGAGAGGUCCCAGGGCCCAACGCGGUGGCCCCAGAGUGCCAUGGCCCUACUCCCUGCGUUGCUCCUCUCCGCUGCCCUCUCGUCUCUCGGUUGGCAGAGACACGUCGACGCCAGCGAGUGGUGGUCCCUUGCCCUGAGCCCGCUGCAGCGCCCCGAAGCGUACCUGCUGAGCGCGCAGCCGCUGUGCACCCAGCUAGUGGGGCUGUCUCCUGGCCAGCGGAAGCUGUGCCACCUGUACCAGGACCACGUGCCGCACAUCGCCGACGGCGCCCGCCUCGCCGUGCGCGAGUGCCAGCACCAGUUCCGCACCCGCCGCUGGAACUGCAGCGCCGGCGAAGGAGACUCCGUCUUUGGGCGGCUCACCCACAUCGGGAGCCGCGAGACGGCGUUCGCCCACGCCAUCUCUGCGGCGGGGGUGGCGCACGCGGUGUCGCGCGCCUGCCGCGAGGGCGAGCUGGCCACGUGCGGCUGCAGCCGCGCUCCGAGGCCCCGCGAGCUGCAGCGCGACUGGCUGUGGGGCGGCUGCGGCGACAACCUGGAGUACGGCUACCGCUUCGCCCGCGAGUUCGUGGACGCUCGCGAGCGCGAGCAGGGGGGACAGCAGCAGCAGCAACAGCAGCAGCAGCAGCAACAGCAGCAACAGCAGCAACAGCAGCAGCAGCAACAGCAGCAGCAGCAGCUGGCGGCACGACACACUGUGGAGCACUCGCGCACACUCAUGAACCUGCACAACAAUGAGGCGGGGAGAAGGGCGGUGUACGGGCUGGCGGACGUGGCGUGCAAGUGCCACGGCGUGUCGGGCUCGUGCUCGCUCAAGACGUGCUGGCUGCAGCUCGCCGACUUCCGCAAGGUCGGCAAGUUCCUCAAGGAGAAGUACGACAGCGCGUCGGCGGCGCGGGCCGGCCGGCGCGCCAAGCUCGAGCCGGCCAACCGCAAGUUCAGCCCCCCGUCGGCCGGCGAUCUCGUGUACCUGGACGCGAGCCCGGACUACUGCGUGCGCAACGAGACGACGGGCUCGCUGGGCACGAUCGGCCGCUCGUGCAACAAGACGUCGGAGGGCAUGGACGGCUGCGAGCUCAUGUGCUGCGGCCGCGGCUACGACCACUUCAAGGCGACCGUGGUGGAGCGCUGCAAUUGCAAGUUCCACUGGUGCUGCUACGUCAAGUGCAAGAAGUGUACGUCGGUCGUGGACAGGUUCGUGUGCAAGUGAAGGGCCGGAAAGGUGGUGGGAAGUGAGGGCCGGGAGGUCGUGGCGGUGGUUGUUGGGGUGAGCCGAGGGUCGGAGGUGAAAGGUCGGAAGGACACUUGAUGGUGAGGGUGGUGACAUCCGUCGCGUUAUUUAAAAGGGGCGAAGGUGCCCGAGACGCCUCCAACGUGGACAGAUUUGUACAUCUGCUGUGGAGGAGCUCCGGGGGAGGAAAUUUGUUGUGUUUGGGUGUUUGUUUUUAUUCGUUUAAACGUAUGACAAAGACGAGCAUGUGGAUGGGCCAGUAACAAGUUUUGACGAAGUGGACUCGAGCGUGAAUUCUGCCCAGUCUGUUUAUUUGUUUUUUUUUUCUCUCCUACAAAUUUGUAAAUACUCGGUAUGCAAAAUAAUGUUGCCGCCCACAGCAAAACGACAACAUCGGCACGUGUGAUGGGACUUGCGGUGUCUGUCACUGCUUGUGUCCUGGUGUUGCAUUAAUUCACCCUUGUAGACACAAAGACAAAGAUCCCCCACGUAGCCUUUGCAGACUGUAGGGGCAAGUGCUGCUAUAAAAGCCAGCACGGCACACGAGGGGGUGGGUGGCCAGCACCACGCCCGGCCGCCUUUGUCUCCCUAGUGGCGAUGUUUACACACCACACCCGGUACUCAUUCGAUGUUGGGUCGACCUAGGGGAGGCCCGGGAACGGUUCAUAUAAUCGUCCCUGGCUGUUGGCCGCGAGCGGGAAUCGAACUCGGGCCGCCGGGUUGGUAGCGGAGCGCGGCGCUUACCGCUACACUUACCCACCGCUCCCCGCUCGCGGGCACAAACGCAGAUCCACAAACCCCUCGUCCCCCGCGAUCGCUUUUGCAACGCGGGCCGACGGUGUUGCUUGAGAGGUGACGGACGAGGGGAGAGAACGCAGCCCCCCGAAGGUCUCGCCGGCGAGCGUGCCGUCGAACCUCGAAGUCUCCCCGCCGUCACCUCUUGUUUCGUUUGUAUCUCCCUUUUUUAUCGUUCACUCAGACCAUCCAUCCCGAGGAAAAAAGUGCAAGACGGCUUUGCAGGUCUUGCUUUUUGAUUGACGUGUCAUAAAUACGACCCCCAUUCGGCGAGGCAGUCCCGUCGCCCUCGGCCAAAAACAGUUGGCUUCCGCUACGUUUCAAUCGUUGGCCUGCAAGCAGACAGCCGGUAAUUAAUACAUCUGCAACUUUAAACAGUGCAUGUGGCGCGUUGUCAGAAAACGCCACAAUUAUGCUGUAAUUGAAGUUGUCCAGGGAGUGAGAUUUUAUUAUUAUUAUUAUUGUGUACUCCCAAUUACAACUGUCAUCGAUCACAUCACCUUCCCAGAAAAUAAAAUUCUGCAGUUCACGUGAAUGGAAGUCGGGCAGAUUAAUGUCAUAUAAUGAGCUCGGCAAUCACAACGUUCGCGUGUUUCACAUUAAAUAAAAAGCAGGUUAUGACUCCAAAUAAUUGGCUUUCUUUAUACGUGACGGACACUAGGCCAUUUGUUGCUAAACAGAUUCCUUCUGAUAUAAGAUUAAGACAACGAUGUUGAAAAAUUCCUGAUGUAAUAUCUUAUGAAUCGUGAAGGUUAAUUUUAAAUCAUAAAUGGUAAUUGUUGUGACUGUAGACUUCGACAAUCCUUUUCCCUGUUAACAGAUUACUUAUUUGUGAAUUAUUUGUGAACAUUACCACAACUAAUAAUUUUCGACAAGUAGAUUGAACAAAAAAUGUGGAUUUUCCCCUACAAACCGCCUGUGGCAUAACAAAAAAAACAGUCGAGUAACUUUGUUUGUUUCUGUUAUGACGGCGUGAACACGUGAUCAAGACACGCGGUCUUACCCAUGGGUGCUGCCGGUGGCAAGAUGUUAACUCCCUCGCCAGGUAUGCAGGAGGUCGUGGUUUCGAUCCCGACCCUGAAGUCUGUGUAUAUUUGGCGUCUGCGUGUCUCUCUCUCUCCCUCCCCAUGACCGCGUGGAUUUUUCUCCGGUUCCUCGGGUUUUUCCCUCCACAUUUAGAAACCUGCAUUCAGAGAAUUUGCCGGCGAAACAUUUCCACGCGACAAGCCACUUCGUUGAGCUUUCAUUUGUAACCAGGCCGCUUCUGACAAAGAGCUAAAUAGCUCAGUGGGCCUUACCUGGUAAAAUAAAAACCAGUUUUGUUUAAGUCACAUGAUCAUAUACUUCACGGAAUCUCAAAACAUUCGCCGAUAACACUGCCCUGAAAGGAAAUAAUAUGCAUGUAUAGAAAAAAACAGGCUACUAUCAUAUAUGAAAAAGAGACAUUUCCAGAAAUAGCACCGAUUAUAUUGACGGUUUUCCUUUCGGGGCAGUUUGUAUUGACAGACUUGUUGAGGUUCAGAUGAUAUUUUUUUAAAAUAUAUAUUCUUAAGGGAACCACUGCUGGAAGUGAGGACACUUGUGCACACCGGCUCAUGCCCCAUAGCCCACCUUGCCGAACGAAAUUAAAUUUCAUAGCAACGUCCAUGCAACAUUUCCAGUCACCUUAGCUGCAGUGAUGAUCAAAGGCGACUUCGUUACGUUUGACCGUUUCUGUUCAGAGUCCAGAGUUCUGGCACAUUCUAACACUCACGCCUCGGUUGUGCAACUUAGUUGCAUGCAACUGCAUCGCAUAUAUAUAUGCGGACGUCUCUGCAACUGGUUGCUUACAGUCGGGAUGAACUUCACUCUAAUGCCUCGAUCUAUUCGGCACUGUGUCGUCACACGCGGUUGAGUUUCCUUGCUGCGCCAACUCAUCGCUCGGAUGUGGACAACGCAAUCGCAGGUGAUGAUGAUGAUGACGAUGACGAAGUCGCGCGAUUUCGAGAGCAAUUCCAUUGCAAGAUUCAUCUCCGACGUGUGUGUGUGGGACCCGGGUUUCUGUUUGAUUCUCUAAGGCUUUCAGUGAUAUCUUUUUCAACCGUCAUUGCUUCAAGGAAGACAAAAAGGGCAGCUUUACAAGAGGCACUUACCAUAACAAGCUGCACAAUAACCUGACAUACCAGCUGGGUUGUGAAUGCUGUUGUCGUGAUGUCAUUGUGCAUGGUACGAUACCAGUUUUCGCGAUUGUACGAUGAUUGUCGCGAUAUAUAAACGUCCCGUCAAUUAGCAAAUCGUCUAUCUCACACCAUGUUUUUUUAUUGCAUCGCUUUCGUGGCUUUGCACGCACGCACGGUGAAAUUAAAAGAUGUUUUCGGAAGUGUUUCAACUCAGCACGAGUCUGCCACGUGUUACGUAAUCGCCGCAAUCGUUGCAACUCAAGAAAACAACCAAUGAACAACUCCAUGAGUCUAGGUUUCCUUUCAGUUGUCAUGCAGGGAAGCAAGCAGGUUUCAUUGGGGAAUUAUAACGAUGUAUUUAGAGCUUUGAUUAUAUGUAGAGUAUUUCACACGGGGAAAAAUAUCUGUUUGGAAAUAAGAUACAAUUGUUAAACGACACAUAUGCUUAAGUUUUACCCUUUCUGGCAAAACAAAACAGAUGUUAAGAUGUUCAAACACCAAAUAGAUUUAUUUCGCAAGGAGUCAAGUUCGCAUUAGCUGCAAGUUCUUGUGGUGAACAUGCAAACACAACACAAGCACUCUGUGUGGUUAAUGCAGUACAUGAUUCCUUGCAAAAGGAAUCUAAAUUUCGAUUUAAAGCUUUCGUGACUGCAGGGAUUCAUCUUCUUGGUUCUUUCGGUAAAGUCACGUAGAAGGGAAAUAAUAAAAUAAUAAAAAUAUAACAUAAUAAAAUAUGUUAUUAUAUUAUUUUACUAUGUUUUAUUUUUAUUAUUUUAUUAUUUCCCUUCUACGUGACUUUACCGAAAGAACCAAGACGAAAAAGGAAUCUAUUUGGGGUUUGAACAUUUUACUGCCUGAUUUAUUGCCAUAAAGGGGAAACACCUGUAUUCUCAUUUUUAAUACUUUGAUACCGGUAACAACAACAACUAAAAUGUCCCAUUGAUAUUUUUCAAAGAUCUAAUUCUAUUCACAAAACGCAGGGCAACGUUUUUUAAUCAUGGAACGUCAUCGCCACAUGGCGACCAACACCGCCUCCACUCACGAGGCCCUCCCCUAUCAGUGACAACGAGACGCCACCGACUGCUCUAAUAAUAAUCGUGUGUUAUAGCUUUGAUAUUAAUCUUGAUUUGAGGUUUUCGUGACUGCAGGCAUUCAUACUCUUUGGUUCAUUCGGUAAAGUCACGUGGGUAGAAACAUGUUUAAUAUCUACGUGACUUUACCGAAAGAACCAAAGAGUAUAGCUUUGAUAUUGUCUCGUCUGUCUGUGUAAUUAAUCCGACCCGAAGCUAAGCAAGUGCACGUGUUCUGACCGGUCGCAAAAGCUCGGGCAAGUACAUUAAUCUUGAAAACCAAAAACAAGAAUGCGUGAAAGCGGUACGUGUUUUGUUCUUGUAAAUCACUCUUUUCUACUGUUAAUUUAUAUUAUACCACCACUAAAAAAAAAAUGCGUACGUCUAUUAAAAUGUAGGGCAUCGAGUAUGUAUCGUAGUAACGUUGGAUUUAUGCAUCGGUUAAAGAUGAACGUGGCGUUUGUCAUGACCUUAUAGGUGUACAUUGCAUUGCAUAUCUGUCGCCGUGUGCACGGCUGUUGUACACUGUUUAUUUUGCCACAUAUGCUCUUGGAUCAAUAAACAUAUUUUUGUG